UUUACAUUAAUUCUUAUGGGGAAAUUGGAUUCGCUUAACAUAAUUUCGCUUAAAGUCGCAUUUUUCAGGAACAUAACUACAACGUUAAGCGAGGAGUUACUGUAAAGGUGAAAGUUAUUGAAUACAUUAUUCAUGAAUUAUUCUCCCAGCUCUAAAAACAAACCAACAACUAUGGAUGAUAAUAAGACAUGUUCUGAAGAAAUGUUGUCAGCUGAGGUGUAUGCCUGACUAUAGGUGUCGUAUGCUACAGGCUAAGACCCUGAUUCCUGCAUGUGCUUAGCUUCACUACCAUGAGUAGUCUCUUUAAAAUCAAUGGGAUUGUUUAUGGUAGAAAAAUUAAGUACAUGCAUAAGCAUUGUCAGGAUUGGGACCUAACUUGCUGAAGUUGUAAACCUUACCAUGGAGCCUGGUCCUAUUGAGUUGGGAGCAGGAUCAAGUGUGAAGGAUCGUAGGUUAUCUAUGUGGAGCUCUGUGUGCCCAGUGCAUUCUGCUCUAAAUGGGUGGAGAGUUGAAGGUUUCAGAGUGAAAGAUAGAUCCAGUAGCAAAGGGUUGGCCACCACCAUGUAAGGCCUUUCACAGUGAGGGAACCGAAGUAAAGGGACAAAAGAAGGGUGCUUCUGGAGGUAUACCAAAAGAAACGUUGUUUUAAAAGACAAGGCAGCACAAUGUUCAUGAAUUGUGGAUGUGCAUCAUUAAUCCGGUUUCAUGGGUGGUGCGUGACUCCACCAUUUGGGGAGGCUGCGCACACCCGGACUGUGACCUCCCCCCGAGGCCUGCCCCCACUUAGCCUCCUCCCGCAGAAGCCCUGCCGAUGCUCCACCCCGCCCUCCCAUUGGCCGGCCAGCUGGCUACUCACCUCUCAUGUGCGCCUCCCAUGCGGAUGGAGCGGGGAUGGGAAGAAGCGGAGCCUUGGGGGAAGAGGAUGAGUGGGAGUGGGGCCUGGGGGUGGAGCGCAGGCAGGGCACCCACCCUUUUGAUAGCAGUGCACUCCAAAGGUGGCGGGCAGGCUGUUUGGGGAGGCUUAGCCUCCCCUGGCCUGUUAUACCCAUCGCCUAUGUCUGGUUUAUUUGAAUAUACCUCCAAAAAAAGGAUUUUGUUCACCAUUUCUUGCCUCAUCCUGCUAUCCCCUGCUUCUCACCAUCAUCUGAUCCUGUCUUUCACCCACUCUCACCUGCCUCUCACUUUGGUAAAGACUAAACUACUGGAGGUCUGGCCUCAGCAGCCACCAGUUGCCACUUCCAAGGUGGGGAGGAAAACAACUGUGUCUGCAUCGUUAAAUCUGAUAAAUUUAUGAGUGGGAUUAUAUGACGGGGUUGCCUGCAGUAGCAGAGAACUGGACUGGAUGACCCAAGAGGUCCCUUCCAGCCCUAUGUCCUAGCUUCCUAUUUAUACAGAAAAGGAGAAGGGAGCUAUACAUUUAAAAAUCCUCACCCAUAUUAAAACAAAAUACAGGAAAAGCCACAGGUAAAACCAAGAGAGAAAUUUGAAAUUGUAAAGGGAAACAAGUGAUCAAAGGGGGCUAUGGAGAUGCUUCUAGAGACGGUCAGUCCAACCUGUAAAAUGAGAGCAAAUAGCAUAGGCACAUGAAAACCAUUGAGUAGAGUAAACUUGAUUAAGUGUUAGAUCCUGAUCCUGCAAAAACUUGCAUACACACUGUGAAUCGUCUAAUUGAAGUCAAGAACAGAAUUGGAAAAAUGAGCAGCGCAGCAGCUCCUUCUCAACUGAAGUCUAAAGGAAGCCUACCCCAGGUUCUUUCCCCAGUGAAACUUCAUUCUACCCUAGGUACUCAAUCUCCAGGACACCACAGUAUCAAGGUACUUACUAAUGCUGAAAUGAGCAGCUUUGGUUUGAAUCCUGAAGAUACGAUGCCUUUUACACCAGAAGCCAGCCAAACAUCUUGCAGACUCCUGCUGAACAGUACUCAAAUCACAGACCGCCCAAGAAUGAAUGCAACAUCUCAGGUGUCUGAACGAAGCUUGCAUGUCUCUAAUCUCUCUCCUAUUUCUCUUGAAAAGAAUGAUAGAGCACCAACCCGUUUUUUAGAUGAAAAUGUGCAACCAAGAAUGGAAUGGAUGAGCAAAACUGUCACACAAUCUCUGUUUCCGCCACUGAAAAGGAAAGUACUUGUAGAUAGGACAGAACAAAGUGAACAGGAGAAAACUGUGUCUAUUAAAGUGCCUGUUUCAAAGAGGUGCAGCUUCCAAACUAGUAUGUCUGAUGAUCCUCAUCUGAUGAUGAAACCAGAGACCAGCAAACAUCUCAGGCGCUCUCCUGGCCAGAUGUGUAUUUUGGAAAAUGGGCCAAAGGUGGCAAAGAGCAGGUUACCCCUCUCUGUCAAAUACUUUGGUCCUUCUCCUCUCAACUGUGACCAGAUAACUGAAACAUUAGGCAGCAAAACUGCAAAGCCUUCAAAAGGUUCUGAUGUCCCUGGAAAGGAAGCUGUUAAGAACACUGCAAAUGUACAAAGCCCUGUACACCCUCAUGGAACUCCUGUUAGGGAUACUAUCUACUCAUCUAUGGAUGGCCAUGAUGAGAACCUGAAAGAGUUGUGGGGGACAUUCAGUGAAAGCCAAGUGGUUCAACCUUCUGGCAAUGUGAGGCCAGCGUCUGAUGGUUCUUCAACCAUGGAUCUCUGCUGUGAAAACAGGGGGAGCCGUGGCCAUGUGAAAGAACAGUGGAGGACCUCUUCCAAAGGAGGCUCUUCUGGAGAGAGCAGUGCCAUCAGUGUGGCAGUCAGGGUUAGGCCACUGACCCAAAGAGAACAGCAAGUUGGAACAAAAUGUGUUGUGUCCCUUUCUGGAAAGGAAAUACUGAUACAUCAUCCUCAUACAAACAGGCAGCUGACUUUCUCCUAUGACUAUUGCUUUGGGUCUCAGAAUCCAGAGGAUAAGGGAUAUGCCAGUCAAGAAGUAGUAUACUGUCUGUUGGCCCAGCCACUCCUAGACAAAGUCUUUGAAGGUUACAAUACUUGUUUGUUUGCUUAUGGACAAACUGGAUCUGGGAAAUCUUACACAAUGACAGGCUAUGCUGAUGAGGUGGGCUUAAUUCCACGAUUUUGCAAGGAAAUAUUUUGGAAAGUAAAUCUGACUCAACAAGAGGAGGUGAAACAUCGCAUUGAGCUGAGUUACUUUGAGGUAUACAAUGAACGGAUACAUGAUCUCUUAACAUCCUCCAAAGAUGCUAAUGCCAAGAAGAAAGCUCUGAAAGUACGAGAACAUCCAAUCCUUGGUCCUUAUGUAACUGGCCUUUCUACGUAUGUGGUUGGCUCUUUUGCAGAUGUGCAGACCUGGCUGGAACUUGGAAACAAGCAGCGAGCUACAGCAGCCACUAGCGUGAAUGAGAGAAGCUCCCGCUCUCACUCUGUGUUCAAACUGGUCGUGGCUCAGACGAAGAGGGAACACCUGGAGGGAGAAGCACAUGACCACAUGCUGGUGAGCCACGUGAAUUUGGUGGACCUCUCGGGAAGUGAGCGCUGCAAUCUGGCACAAACCAGUGGGCUGAGAACGCAGGAAGGUGCUAGUAUCAACAAGUCCCUGCUCACCCUCGGGAAGGUGAUCUCUGCACUAUCUGAAAUGUCCCAAUUCAAGAGAAAGUGCUUCAUCCCUUACAGAGACUCUGUCUUAACCUGGCUUUUGAAGGAGAGCCUGGGUGGUAACUCUAAGACAGCCAUGAUAGCCACCAUCAGCCCAACCGCUGCACACGUUGAGGAAACCUUGAGCACGCUGCGCUACGCCAGUCAAGCUCGCAGCAUUGUUAAUGUGGCCAAGGUCAAUGAGGAUUCCAAUGCAGUGCUGAUCAGAGAGCUGAAAGCUGAGAUUGAGAAGCUGAGAGCUGCCCAGCAGUGCAGUCAAGGGAUUGAUGUGCUGAAAUAUGAAGCUAGUCUCCGAGAAAUCCAGUAUCUGAAAGAACAACUUGCUGAACGGGAAAGAGAACUGGCAGAAUCACAGAAGUCCUGGCAGGAGAAACUGACUUUAGCAGAACAACACAAGAGGGAAGAGGAGCAAGAACUGCAGAAAGCAGGAGUGUGCUUUAAAGUUGACAAUUGUCUGCCAAACCUGGUAAAUCUAAACAAAGAUCCACAGCUCUCGGAGAUGCUUCUCUAUAUCCUCAAAGAGGGAGAAACCAGGGUGGGGAGUCUUCAUCCAGACUCUGAGCAUGACAUCCAGCUGACAGGAGCACUCAUUUCAGUGGACCACUGUGUCAUCACCAAUGUGCAAGGAGUGGUCACCUUAAGUCCUAUCCCAGAUGCCAGGACCUUUGUGAAUGGAAACCUCCUAGUUGAGGCAGUCACCCUACACCAUGGGGACCGAGUGAUUCUUGGUGGGAACCAUUACUUCAGAUUCAAUCACCCAAUGGAGGUCAAGAAUGGGCGCCGUGCCUCUUUGAUGCCAGCAGGGGGAGCUGAUGGGCUGAGGGACUUUGAAUUUGCUAAAAAUGAGCUAGUUGAAGCUCAGAAGCAGAGAAUUGAAAUGGAGGUAGAGGAAGCCAGACUGCAGGCACAGAAGGAAAUGAUGGAAGAGCUUCAGAUGGCCAAGGAGCUGGCUCAGCAGGAGCUAUGGGCUCAAAGGCGACUUUAUGAGGAUCGCAUCAAACAGCUGGAAGAACAGCUGGCUCAGGAUACCCAGCAAAAACGCAGCAAGUUCCUGGACCUCCUUGAGCAGGAAAAAGAGAAGCUGGCUCAGGAGAUGGAGCUGCUACAGCAGACGCGUGCCGCCAAAGAACAGGAAAGGAAGAUUGCGUCUGCUGAGAACCAAGCUCAGUGGACAGCCCUCCAGCUUUCCAUAAUGCUGCAAGAAGUCAAUGUCAUUAGCAAGAGCUUAAACAAGCACACACUCUUCAGCAGGUAUGACCUACCAGCUAUGAAUGGAGAACCCACAACUGUGUGCAUCCGAGUCACCAACACAAAAUUGGGAAUCUGCACUCUGUGGAAUCUAGAAAAAUUUGAGGAGAGGCUUGUCUCAAUGAGAGAAAUGUAUCAGGGAUCCUAUGAUGGCAACGGAGAUAGCCUCUUUUAUGAUCUGACUGGUACCUGGGAAGCAGUUGUGAAACCUCCAUCACCUAGCAGGGGCAGGAGUCCUCUCAGCCGUCAGACAUCAGGAAAGCUACUGGGGAAAGCGCCUCUGGACGCUCCCGUUCAAAAUGCCAGCUGUGCUGCUGUCUGCAAAAUGCUGAUUGAUUCAGCAAUGGAGGCUCUUGGAAAGGAGGAGGAAUCUGGCAGCCUCCUCUUAAAGAUGCUGCUGGAUCUGAAAGCAGUACUAGACUCCAGUGCAGCCAUUGCUCAAGCCUGCGAACAGUGUGUCUACAACACUGCUAUGGUGUCUGAUGAUCGCAGCAUCCAGCCCCACUGCAUCAAGGUUUCCUCCGCAAUAGAUCAGCUAGCAAUCUGUGUCAGGCUUUUGGAGACCUGUGUUCCUGGAUCUGGUGCUCUGAAGGACCAUCUAGAGGCUGAAGUGAAGAAGCUUGGUGGGAAUGUUGCCUUCCUGCUGAACGGCUGUGAAUGUGAAAUUACAUCCAUGAUCCUGGAAUCCAAGGAGCAAAUUGAGCAGUCAGUGAUCGCUGUUGCUAGCUGGCUCGGCCGGCUAAUGGUUGCUGUGGGGCCGGAAGCCAAUCUUGAACGAACUGAGUUCCUCCCAACCAAUGUGACUGAGGCAGUCACUGGAGGGGCAGAGAGCUAUAUUGGUAUGCAGAUCGAUAAGAACACAGAGGAACUCCUGGACCUGCAGCACCAGAACUUGUCUUCAGGAAAGCAGCUGGCAGAAGAAGUCAGAAGACAGCUCCUCUCAGUUGGAAGCUCUCUGCAGUGUUUUAUGGAGAAAUGCAAAAUAUUCUGGAGGGAAUUUGAAUCUCUCAAAAAACAGAAGUCAGAAAAACCUCCAAGUCUGAGUUUCCAAGAGCGUCUUUCCUGUUAUAAAACUUUAAGCUGUGACUUGAAUGCUCUCCAGGUGGCUUGGAAACAGGCCUCUACAAUUGCUUUGCAGUGUCUGAAAGCGGACCAGGACCCAGACCUAGCAAAGCUGAAGCAAGCCACAGAGACCUUCUCCAAAACUGCUGUGCUGCUUGCCAAGACUUUUGAUGCUUUGUGCAGCGCUGCUCAUGCCAAAUCUCCUCAUCAGUCAGUUUACCAACUGGCAGUGGUGACUAAGCAGACCGAAGCAGCUGCCUCCCAGAUCCAUUCUUCUGCUAGAGAUUUAUUGCAACUAGCGCAGAGACUGGGGUCUGAUAAUUGCCUUCGUUUGGGGAUGGAGGCCCUGAAGAACAAAAGGCAGUUGCCCAUGAAUCCAGGGCCUGACUCAAGCAUUCACUUACGGGGGAGGAGUGGGAACUAUGUGCGUGUUGCUGUAGCAAAGCUGAAUCAAGCAUUAAUCAAAAGAGAACCUCUCCCUUGAAGCUAAGAAUGCUGGGGCACUGUGGAGGUGGGCCAAAUACUCUAGUCUUAAAAUCCUGCCUCCAGGUUCCCUGCUCCAGGGACCGUUGUGGGAAUGUGGCUUUGAAAAUCACAACAGCACUUCAUAUGUUGUCCUACCUGGGAACCUUUAUAAGCCUUGUUCUGAUCGGUAAGGCCCUAGGCAUUCAAUAUCUGUUUUACUCAUUUGAUUACAGAGUGGUGAAACGCUAAUAGUUAUAACUGAAAUUAAAUAACUUGUGUAUUUUGGGAGCACAGUCACAGCCCAGCUUUAAUUUUUAAAAAAAAAGUGUUUACAUUCAGGCAUGUAAUUACCUUAAUGAUCUCCCCUCUUUCAUGGGUGUCUGUGGUGGCAUAAACUGCUUGUAAAGUAUUAGGUAGAGAGGCCUGACUAUGUUGAUGUACAUUAGCAACACUACUUGUAUCUCUCUCUCCUUUUGUUUCUUGUUAAAAAGAAUUUAAUUAGUUUUGUUAGAGCAUAGUUUGUUUGGCCAAAUCAUGUCCCUCUACUGUUGCUGUCCAAAAGGUUUCAAAUUGACUUGUCCGUGCUUCCCAAACUUUUAAUACUAAAAAGCCGACGCUUUGUAUUCUGCUCUAAUGUAAAAUAAACAGAUU